AUUGGCUACCUCAAAUAUUUUUCUCAAAUUUCCGCAUGUGUACCCGCAAUGCAAACAUGAGUUUGAUAAAAGCACAUCGAGGCAUGAGGUAACAAAGUCUGUCCGGGAGGGGAAAAGCACCCCGUGCCAACUGAAGACAACUAGAGAAGCGCGGGAAUCCUCUCUUUUUUUUCUGCCAACUGCACAAGACCCGUUUUAUAGUGAAGAGUGAUCUCACCAUAUGCGCUGUGGUGGGAUUCAGCGUGCCACUACAACAUGCACACAACGACUGCGGCUCCGCUCUUCCCAGAACACCAAACCUGAGGAUACAGGACUUUAUUCAAGAUCGACAGCGGGAUAAUCUGUAAGUUACGCCUCCCUUUUUUUUAUCUUUUGUGGAGACCUGGGGGGUUUUGGUGCAGGGGACUCGAAGGAUACUGCUGCCUGUUGGUGCACAUAGACGCGCGGGUCUUUGUUGGAUUCAGUCUGCAGUCCACUUACCACCAACUGCAUUGCCACACAGCCGUGGGAAGAGAAUGUGUGUAUUAUGAAACUCUGCGCCCGCCUGGAGCUUUUCUUCUCAACUCUUUGUGGAUCAUCGCGCUUACGUCCGCAUGUGGAGUGGAGAUCAUCACUCUUUGAAACAACUACAAUGUGGUGCGCAAAGUAAAGUGGAGGAAAUGUUGCAUCCGCGCGCAGUGGACGGGCAGGACUGCGACUUCCAGAGCGUGCCCGCCGACCCUUGAACGCCGCACUCGAUGUGGAGCUUGUCGCUGUCCGACGCGCGUGUGGUGCUGAAAUUUGGAUGAUGCCCAGCCUGCGACUGCAGGGCUGCCGCUCCCUGCACCUGAACGAGGACAACGGCCGCUUCGUCCUGCUCGCCGUGCUCAUCCUGGUGUACCUGCUGUGCGGCGCUGCGGUCUUCUCGGCCAUAGAGAGGCCCUCGGAGCUGCGGGCUCACGGCCGCUGGAACGGGACGCUCCUCAACUUUAGUGAGACCUUCAACAUCAGCCUGCAGGAGCUCAACUCUUUCCUGCGGGAGUACGAGGCCGCCAUAGCCGCCGGGAUCCGGGCUGACGCUCUGAGACCGAGAUGGGAUUUUACUGGAGCUUUUUAUUUUGUUGGAACUGUGGUGUCGACUAUAGGGUUUGGGAUGACGACGCCUGUGACAAUUGCAGGGAAGGUGUUCCUAAUUUUUUAUGGACUUCUGGGCUGUGCUGCCACUAUCCUCUUCUUUAACCUUUUCUUGGAGCGCAUCAUCACUCUGCUGGCUGUAGUGAUGAAGGCCGUGAGGGAGAGGAGAAUCAGGAACAGCGGUCUCCUUCCGCCGGGGAUCCGACAUGACUUCUCGGCCUACUCUCUCCCAGGAUGGAAGCCCUCCGUCUAUCACGUGAUGCUGAUUCUGGGACUGUCGGCCAUUACCAUUUCCUGCUGCGCGUCGGCCAUGUACAGCCCAGUGGAGGGCUGGGCCUACUUAGACUCGCUCUACUUCUGCUUCGUCACCUUCAGCACCAUUGGCUUCGGAGACUUUGUCAGCAGCCAGAGCGCCGCUUACGAAUACCAAAGCCUCUACAGGGUGGCCAACUUCUUCUUCAUGUUAAUGGGUGUCUGCUGCAUCUACUCACUCUUCAACGUCAUUUCCAUCGUCAUCAAGCAGGUGCUCAACUGGAUGCUGGAGAAAAUGAGCUGUUUGUUUUGUCAACGUUGCAAUAAGGCCAACGCCUUCCUAGGGAGGCGAAAUGCCAUCCGCCCAGGCUCCAGGGGUCGCAAGGGUCACUUCAACCAUCAGCCAGAAUCAGACGGGCCUUGCGAUAGUGACACUGAGGGACGGAGACUAUCAGGGGAAAUGAUCUCCAUGAAGGACCUGGCAGCAUCAAACAAGGUGUCUCUGGCGAUCAUGCAGAAGCAGCUGUCUGAGUCUGCCAACGGAUACCCAAGAACGGUCUGCGGCAGCUCCCGCCAUAAUGGCUUCUCUGGGGGAGUCGGGGCGCUCGGCAUCAUGAACAACAGACUGGCAGAGACGAGUAACUCCAGGUAGAACGCAUAGAGAGGCUGAAAACAAAUCAUUCACGCUCCUCUCAAGCCUCACUACAGAAGUUUGACAUGCUAAUGAAAGGAUAACUUGUUAUGCAUGAGAUAUAUCGUUUUUACUCCUGACUGGGAUUACAAACCUGCGGUGAGGAUGGCGGCAUGAAGAGAGAAUCACAGAGCUGAUCUUAAAGCAUGGUGACCAUAUACUAGACCUAAAGCCCUGAAAUAAAACAAGUCACUAAAGAGCUUGGCUGGAAUCCUUUGGUGCAGUCGGUCAGCUCAUCAGACGUUUUAUGGCUGAAUCAUUGAGCUGAACAGAAGCCAAGUGAAGCAAACUGCACAGUUUUUACUGUCUUGGGGUGUUGCCAGGUCAUUUGAAUGUACAUAUUGGAUGCUGACGAAAACAAGUAUAACUACUGAAUGAUAUAGCACAUACUGAUCUAUGCAUUACACUUCUCAUGCAUUUUUGCACCAUUUCUCAACCUUCCAUAUUUUUCUCUCCUACCACAUCCUUUUGGUGAUGAUUGAUUUCUUUUCCGGGGGCCAACAGUGAAAAGUAGACUUUCACCGCAUGGCCGUGAUGUAGCUGAUUAAAACAGGGUUGUAGCAUAAGAUGCCUUUCCAGUGCUACACCAACAGGAUACAAAGGGUUAUUUCCUCUCUCCUCAGAUGGAAGAAAGGCAAAAGUUGAAGAAUGAAAAUCUAUUUCAUGUUAGAGAGGGACUGGCUUUCUUAUCAGCUAUAGGCACAUGUUUGAGUGGCCACAGACAUCGUCUUGUCGGGUAAAAGAAGGCACCAUCCAAAUCUUUCUUUCUCUCUGCCAUAUGUGUUAGGCUUAACAGCGAGGAUAAUAAAGAGUUUUAGUGUUUAAAUAGUUGUUGAUGGCAAUAUCUUAAAAGUAUUUGCAAAACAAAAUAAAUGAGAAAACAUACCGAACAUAGGUUGAAGAUGCUGAGGAGAUACAUUCAAGUGCAAAAGCUUGGUCAUAAAUUUGUUUCUGAUUUCAAAAAUUGUCAGAUUCAGUGCCUUGCAAAUGUACUCUUACUGCACUAAAAGGUUAUUAUAGUACAAUCACAAACUUCAAUGUAUUUUGUAGGAAUUUUAUGUGACUGACCACAGCAGUGCAUACCUGCAAAGUGCAAGGAAAUCUUUUCAAAUGAAAACUGUUCAGUUCCCUUUAUUCUACCAGGUCAGGAAUAAAGUUAUGAAGAAGUUUAAAGCAGUGAUAGAUUAUAAAUCAUAGGAAGCUCUAUUCUAAUCCAUCAUCUGAAAGUUGGAAUUAAUAUUAAUCGAGGAGAGCAUUAAUUGGAAAAGCGGCCAAGACAUCCGUGGUAACUCUUGAGGAGAAUCUGUUCACAAGACAACUAUCAGCUGUGCCCUUUAGAAAUCUAGUCUUUUUGUUUGAAUAGCAAGAGAAAACUUUCUGGAAGAAAAUCUGAAAUAAAUCCUGUUUGCAGUUUGCCAAAAGCAAGACACCAAACAUCUAAAACAAACCUCUGCAACUCCACUUCUCAAGAGCCACUGUUCUGCAACUUUUGGAUACAUUCCUGCUCCAAAACACCUGAAUCAAAAGGCUAAAAUAUAUCCUUGGUAUGUCAGAAAGUUUAGCAAAAACUAAACUCUAAACUCUAAUGACUCUAAUCAUUUUAGUGAAUGAUUAGAGUCACUAAUCAUUCAUUUUAUUCUGGUUUAUUGCAGCAGGGAUGUUGUGGCACUCGAAGACAGUGCUGUGGUGAGAUGAGACCAAGAUUUAGCUUUUUGGCCUUUAAGCAAAAUGUGCUUAAAUGUGAGACUUAUCCUCGUAAAUAUGGUAUCUCAUGGUGAUACAUGGUGUUGGCAGUAUCAUGCUGUGAAGAUUUUUUCCUUAAGCAUGUACAGGCAAGAUGGAGAUAAAACCAGGGCAAACCUGGAAGUAAACUUGUGAAAGGCAGCAAGACAAGCGAGACUGCUUCACUUUGCAGCAGGACAAAUUUAAACACACAAUAAGAUUGCUUAGAUCAAAUCAUAUGCAUGUCUUAGAGUGACCUAGUCAAAGUCCAGUAUUCUUCAUGAGUCAGAAGAAAUAUAGAACAAUGUAAUUUUUCCUACACUUUCACUAAUGCACUGCUUUGUGUUGGUGCUAAGUCUAAAAUCUGCACAGAGAUCAAUAACCUUUGUGCUUUUAAUUUGAAAACAGUUUUAAGGGAUGUGAAUAUUUUUGCAAGGCAUUGUACAAAUUUGAAAAAUACCUACCUUAAUUUAUUUGAGGUUAAGGAUCACUUCAGAGGUUGUCAGCUAAUAUAAAAGUCACAUAAAAAACUGAGGAAAUCUUAAGUACUUUUAGAAAAGACUCAGCUGUUUGAAAAAUCACAAAGUAUUCAAAACCAGUGAACCUGGAGCAGAUAAAAGAGAGACAGCGGAGCAUCUCCAGGCAGCAGAGUCUUUCUGUCUUGUGAUUUAAAUAAGAACCGAUGGCCAACACAGAGGCUGAAGGAAGAAAACUUUCAAAUCUUCCAGUAGAUCCAGCAGACUGAGUGGCGUUGUUGCAACUUUUACAGUCCAGCCACACUCUCGUAAAUAUUACAGCUUUGCAAGACAUAUUAAAGAUAGAUUCUCAUUCUUGAUGUUUUAUGUUCGCUGCUCUUUAGAGGGACACCUACAGAUUUUUGAUGAUGUUUAGCUUGGGGACUCAGCAUCUCUCUAAGAAAAGGUUACCUGCAGCAAAGUCCCCAAAGCAGGAUCAAUGCAUGCCCACUACCAGGAGCCAGAUGUUUUAUGAAUACCUGCGUUCUUUAUUCUACUGGCAAACCUUUGUUUGCCAUAAUUUAAAUCUGAAGCUUUAUUCUUACUGCUCAUGAAAACUAAUUUCAUUUGCUUCAGGAAAAAAAUCACCUUAUUGUGAAGGUGCUGUUGGAUAACAUUGAGUCCUCUAUACAGUCUGGCUAUGAAAUUCUUGUUUCUAUGAGAUAUUUAUGUGUUAGAGAUAUGAAGCCAUGCGAUGUUUGAUGUUCGGAAACAUCGACUCAACAGAGGAGGACACAUUUAUAGCUGGACUGUGUUGGUGACAGUGAUGUGGGUAACAGGGGGGGGAAAGGCAGCAGAAAGUUGCGGCAGCAUUAAUCGACCCCUUCCAGAUCCAGAUUCGUGCUCAAUGCAAAUUUACGGCCACGGGUUCACCCACUGCCGCCAUCUAUCUUCAACAUCUAACGUCCUUCAAUGAACUUUGCGGGGUUUUUUCUUUCCUGUGUUUCUCCAUCAUCUCUCCUUUGACUUUGCAUGCACUGAAGCAAACCCCUUCCUGCUUUCUUUUCUUUGCAGAUCUGCUGCUCCUGCUCUUACACUGUGAAUAACAGGCAUGUCAUAAAUGUAUAUAUGUAAAGAACUGGAAUGUCUUUUAAAGACCGUUCACAAUAGGGUGUGGACUGAAUUCGAAGCUCUGAGUUUUAGUGCAUAGAUCGGAAUAAUUUCCUUUGCUCCCUAUAGUCUCAACCAAGAGGAAUAGAGAAAAUGACUCAGGUAGUUAAAUUUUCAGGCCUGGCUUAGUUGUUUUUUUUUCUGCAUGCCAUUAUGGUAAAGCCAUAGCUGUAUAUAAAACAGAGUACUGUUUCAAAUCUAUUUUUCUACAUAUAGCUCAAAUAUCUACAUAUGGAACAAAGUCUCUGCUUCAACUUGUCUGUCAUACAGUCACUCAGCAGAAAAAUUGAAUAAAAGAACCAGAAUUUGUCCAUCCUUCAAAAGCACGAAUACGAGAAAAGAAUGAGAGCAAAACAUUUCAAAAUAUACAGAAUAUGUUGCGUUUGUUACUGUUUUUCAUUGGAACAAGUUUAUAUUUUAUAUUUUUCCCAAAAAACAGACUAUUGUUGAGGUGGAGAUGUGUUAAAGCUUACAGCAGCACUACAGCAGUGAACUUACACACCCCUAAAAUGUUUUAGCAAUCAUAUGGAUAUUCCGUAUAAAAUUACACAUUGAAUCUAGUGAUACUUUCCCUGGUGUAAUUUGUCUCCAAGGGUUAGAAGGAGUUGAAUUGCUGACACCUCUUUAAAACAAUCAAUACAAAAUAAAUAAUGUUAUAUAUAUAAAUCCUCACCUUUCCUCUAAGAACUAAGGUUAAAGUGGCAGAUGUUUAAUUACUUUCUUCAACAGUACAUCUAUAUAAUCAGCUGCUGUGUAUCCAUAACCUUACUCUCUAAAAGGAUGACAUUCUUUAGCAUUUUGUGCCAUCAGAUCAUACUACACAUGACUGAAAAAGAUACUACUUUGAAUUCUUUCUUGAAUAUAGGCCACUGCUCUACUGAAGAUGUUGUUUAAAUAAAUAUGAUCAUGUUUUAAUCUGUAUUUUUCCUGAAACUGAAACACGUCAAGCUUUUAAAGAUACAAGCAGUGGCGCUCAGAUAUUUGCAUAGACUCAUCAUGAUAUGACUACAGCAGUUUAAUGAUUUUUAUUGUCAACAAAAAACACAAAAAUGCACCUUAGAUGAUUUUUAAAAGCAGGAAAUUUACUUUGAACUUAUUGUGGAUUUUCUAUAAUACACACAGUAAAAAGAAUUUAAAUAAAUGCUUGAAUAUAUACACAUUAACCCCACUAAUCAAAAAUGUUUUUGCAGUCAUCAAAAACAUUUUGAUUUUGGCUAAAUAUUUGACCACUUUUCUUCUCAAAAAUGGUAUCAUUCAUUUAAAAUGGUUACCUUCAUGACAUAAACUUGACUUUUAAGCAAAACCCUGAAAAUUUUUAAUUUGUUUGAAGUUGGGCCGGUUCCAGAAACUUACAGUAAAUGUUAGCAUGCUACAUCCUUUCCAAAAGCAGCUUGAGGAUUUAAAGUGACGUAUUGUGCAAAAUGUAUGUUUUCCACAAAUUUGUGCUUCAAUUGGGGUUUCUACUGCUUCAAAAAAAACAACAACAUAAGAGCUUAAAAAUCCCACACAGUCAGUUUUGGGCAAUAAGUUGAUGUAUUUUGGGAUCUGGAAAAUAAGACAUUUCAAAGACUGCGUUCAGACUGCAGCCUGACAAGACCCAAUUCCGAUUUUUUUGUCGUAAUGCGACCUGUAUCUGAUCUUUUCAUGACAGUCUGAACAACACAGGUCAGAUUUUUUUUCCGAAUGCGACCCAGGCCAUUUGGAUAUCCGAUACGUAUCUGAUUCAAAUGUGAUCUAAAGUCCAGUUCGCAUUCAUCCAACCUGAACGUCAUUGAAACUUGACAAACGUCAUACUGAUACUCGCAAGCGAGAAGAAAAACAACAACCAUGGAGGUCCAUAAUGAGGAUAAAGUUGUUAAAGUGCUGCCUCCAGUUGGCCAACCACUUCAAAAUCGUAAGGUGUCCUCCACCUCCAUGUUUACUUCCACAAACACUGAUUACGUGUGAAGUUACUGCGCCCUCUAUUGCGCAAUGCGGGACACUUUCAGCUUGUCUGCAGUUCACAGUUUAGAACACAUAUAGGUCGCAUAUAUUUGGAAGUGUGAACGGCCACGGCAAAAAAAUUAUUUAAAAAAAAUCUGAUUUGAUAAAAAAUUGGAAUAGGGUCACUUCAGGCUACAGUGUGAAUGUAGCCAAAAACCUAUGGAAUGUAACGUUACAAAUCACUGACGUUACCUAGCAACCCCAGUGAAGCCCAGUCCGUUGCCUAGCAACCCCAAGAGCUCCAGGACAUUUGGUCAGCAGAAAGAUCUUAUUAUCUCAGAAAGAUUUUGUGCAAGAAAAUGUAAUGAACAUGUUUCGUGUUGCCCACAGACCUGUUCUAACCUGUUCCAGGGAGCAUAAUUGCUCACCUUUAAGUUGUUAUUGAUUAAUUUGGAGGUGAUCUAGCAGCACUGAAACACUAAAACAGACACUCAGGAUGAUGCAGCCACAACCUUGCAUAUGUUCUCAAGUUUGAAAACCUCAGCUUUCGUACUCCAAGCUUUCUUCUUGCCACUGUGGUCAAACAGCCCAAACUUUGUUUCAGCUGACCAUAAAUCAUUUAUCUACCUGGAUAGCUUAUGUGAUUCUUCUAAACAUUAAUAAGGUUCAUUUAUCCAAGAAUAAUGGGGUGUGUGUAUAUAUUUUUAGCCUGUAUUUAAAAUUCAAAUCCUGUAUGGCUUUAAAAAAGAAAAGCCAUACAGGAUAAUUAAAAUUUCGAUUAUUGUUUUGUGUAGCAAUUCCGCCUAAAAAAAAAAAGAACUGUUCAAAUCAAUCAACAGAGGCUUGAAAUUAAAAUGACAUUCAGGUCUAUGGUGAGUGUAUAUAGACUUCUGGCUGAUGCUGUAGUCAUAUCAAGAGUAACAUUUGGUCACCUUAUAUGCAUGUGUGGCUUUAAAUCAAUUGCCUUACAGAAGUCAUUGCAUAUAACAAACACUUUUCUUUUUUAUGACAAGCAGAGCUUGUGCAAGUCGUACCUCACAAUCCUUUUGCAGUUUGCAAAAUUGAUUUCCAUUGAUUACAAUGGUUCUAAUGGCCCUGCUGUUCACUGUAUCUUCUGUGAGAGAAAACGGUUGGUCUUUAAGAGUCAUUUGUGUUUGGCUGCAACAGGAACGCUUCUGAAUUUGGAUAUCAAUGUGUUUGCGUUUUAAUUAAUUUAUUCAGGUUCUCAAUAAACCCUAUAAUUAAAGCGAGACGAUGCAAAAUUCAAAAGUGGGAGCCGCAACUUGCCGCACAACAAAGCAGGCCCUGGUGGCAGUGCUGCAUGAGCUGCAGCAAAGUUUUCAGUGUUAAUUCAGGCUUGUACUGUUGGAAAUGAUCACUGACACUGUUUAUUUCCUGUAAACACAUAUUGCGCUGUAUUCACACGGCUCCGUAGGCAGCGGCUCUUCAUUAAAAUGUCAUGCUUCCGUGGCAAGUACGAUAAUAAAACAAUUAGCUUGACACGGAAAAAAAGGCUGGAGAUGCUGUUAGUAUGUAAUUUGUUGACAGAACGGUUGACAGAGCGGUGGCAGAAUUAUCUUUUAUUUAGCAUUUCCCUCCAUAAUCACAGUGUGAUGCAUAACAAUUUGCUCUCUUGGAUUUCAGCGAAGAAAGAGCGUGUUAGCUUCUUAGUGUUUAUGACAUUAAGUUGGUUGAAAGUCAUAUCUGUUAGAUUUAUUCUCCACUGAACAUGGCUGCUCAAAACUUUAAAAGUUGUACUGAAUUUAAUUUUCCAAAUUUAAAGGACAUUUGUGACUUUUUUCUUCUUCUUCUUUUUCCCACAAAGGUAGAUGAUUUGGAGCCACACUCUUGAUUUAGAAACUCUGCCAUCUUACUUUAACCUGUGACUGUACUCACCUCAGCACCAUUUCAUACCUCAGUGUGUCUCAUGUUGCUUGCUUCAUGCUGUAACAUCCAGUUAAUGUAUGCAAAUUAAUUCAGUUUGCAAGUUGCACAUUUAUACAAAUGAUUGUACUUUUAUAUUUAUGUAACGGAAAAUGAAACCUAUAUGAGAUGAGAAAGGAGUUACAUUAAAUGAUAAUGAUACUGA